UCAAAUCGCAAGAGUACCCGACAAACAAAAACGUAUUGGCAAGACCCAAGAAAAGCGAAAGUAACUCGUGCACAAAAUGUUCAGGCAAACGAAAGAAAGCCAAAGUCUUACAAUGUUAUUGAGUUUCAAAAAGGAAAUUAUUGGAUCGAUUAG